UGUUCAGCAUGAGAAAGGCCUACUCCAAAAGGCUGCUCGACGAAGAAUACGUUUGCUUUCGAAUUCCAAGAUUCGGGGUUGGACACAAUGUUAUUUGAUCUGACCCACUUUGAAAGGGCCAAGUUCCAUCAGACCGAUAGCAGAGGAACACCCUGGGCCUCCGUUCGUCCACAAUAUGAUGUCGUCCUUGUCUGGCUCACUUCGGCUCUCGAAGAAGUAGAAGAACAGAUGCCUAGCCUCUAUAUCGAUGUACCCGGUGUACGCACUGCGUCACCGUUAUGAGAGCACAAUUACACCCUUCGGUUGCUUGUCCUAUAACAGCUACGCGCGGCACACUUCCAUCACAGAAAUCAGUCUUCUCAAUCCUAACCCUGUAUCCUGGCCAGGCGGGGUGCCUGAGUACAGUAAAGUCUACCCCCAACUUGUCGAAACCCCGUAAGGCAACAGGCGUGUGGCCGUGGAUCUCGUAGCCAUCCAAAUCCGUUUUCACCACACUUGCUCUUGUGGUCGAAUAGCUGAGGAUAAGGAAGCUUGGGUCUGUCCGGCUUGAACCGACCAAAACUCAGGCUGGGAAAGAAUCGAUAUCUCGGUUGGCGUGCGGCGGACGAUCAUAGAGACGAGGAGCGGUAGGCGGGAGGGUUACCUGCUUGCAGUUAGAGUUGAAGCGAUAUUGAUGUGGCAGUACUAGUAGUGUAGCGGUCGGAAGC